AUGGGAACUUCUGAUCAAAUUCUUCCCUUAUUUACGCAUCACUUCCAAUUCAGGGCUACUUUCCAAGAUCUCCCCGCCCUCACGUUUUUUGUUGCGGCCAAUGUGAUAGCUUGUAGAUAUCUUCUCCAAUCUCUUCCAUUCUUCCUUAUUAGCAUUAUUUGCCCCAGUAUUGUAGGAGCAAGGCUACUUCUCCUAAUCGCAGACACAGUGAUGCUCGCUUUGACAUUGACUGGUGUUGUUUCAGCUGCUAUUAUUGUAUACUUGGCUCAUGUAGGAAAUAGAAGGGCAAACUGGAUCGAAAUAUGCCAACAGUUCAAUGAGUUCUGCCAACAAACCAGUGGUGCAGUGGUAGCUUCAUUUGCAAGUGUUCUCAUCUUUAUCAUUUUGGUUAUCAUGUCAGCUUUGGCUCUCCGACACCAUUGA